AUGCCCGUGGGCUGGCCUUCUCCGCCUGCUGCUGGCACCUUAACUUCUUCCCCCAGUGUCUAUCAUCCCGGACAACGUCACCACCACCGAGACAACGGAAGUAGUGCCAGUACAGCUUCUAGGAGCAGUUGGCCAAGCCCUCCUCCCUCCGCUUCUUCGGUGAUCUCCUCUGCUGCCAUCCCUGCCGCUGUUUUGGCCUCUCCGGUACACAGAAAGCCUGUGCCGCAACAGCAUGCUUCUUCCCCUGUGAACUCCUCCCGCCUAUCUGGGGCUGUCUUGUCCUUUCCCGUCCCUCCUAUUGACCCGUCCUCUACUACGGUCCCGACUACUCAUAUAGCUGCUGCGUCCGGUGCUUCUUCGUCUGCUGCGGCCAAGACGGCUGUGGAUCCUUCCCUGCAGCUCGACAGAGCUGUAUCCUCUUCCCCCGUGGUGGUCAAAACCAAUAUACCCACUUCUCAUUCUUCUUCAUACUCUAUUGCUUCUGCUGCUUCCUCUGUGUAUGAGGAGGACGCUUCCUUAUUCGUACCAAAAGAUCUAGAUAGAUCUCCUCGAGGUGGUCCCUCCGCUCCCCCUCUUCGGAUAGAUACCUCCGCAUCCUACUGGCACGGGGAGGACGACGAGGAGGUCACUUAUCCCACGCAAUUUUCGAAUGGAACCCCUGUGCAUAGCCGUCUCGUCAGCGAACCGUUCAUCCCCAUCCUCAGCUCCCCUGUGGGCCACAGGCGCGCCCAAACCAUGGCGUUGCACCCGGCUUCCAACCGCCCACCCUCUCUGCGCCUCGACUCCGGCGAACGGGCAUCGUCGGCCGGGUCGCUGGAUCUCAAGCAGCCCAAGACCCCCGGAAACAAAAUCAGUUCCUUCUUUGGCUGGAAAGCAACCACCACCUCUCCCGGCGCGGAGUCCUCGAGCACUGAGAUCUCCGACUCGGGUCGUUCGCCGCUCCCAUCCCCCAUGCCGCCCUCUGUACCCACCUCCCACUUCUCUAUCACCCCGGCCACCACCGUGCCGUUUGAUCCCACCCGAUUACCGGUGCGAAACCCAUCCGUGAGCAGUGCCAGUGUCUUCGAUGCCGGAACCGCCUCCAAGCUGGCGGAAUUAGAAAAUGAGUUGCGAGAAAUCAGCUCCGAGCUGGCAGGCUCCAUCCGCCGGGAGAUGGAGUUGGAGGAUCUGGUGGAGCGACUGCAAUCUGAGAUGCCCACGGACGCGGCCAAUCGGCGCACCAGUGACUAUUUUUCGGACUCCGGAGCCUCCAUUCGAUACAUUUACGACGCGAAUGGGAAGAUUGACGAUCUGGAAAAGUAUAAGCGAUCUGCUGAGCAGGAACGCGCACAGCUCAAGAUUGAGCUGUCGCAAAAGUGGCAGGAAGAAAGAGCCCGGAGAGCGGCAACGGAGUCGCACGUUCAGAUUCUAGAAUCGCAAGUCCAUCAACUCCGACGAGAAAGAGUAGAAUCCUCUGAUUUAUCCUCCAAAGCUCGGGAGCUGGAGUUGGUUCUGGAUGAUACCCGCCGGAAACUGGCGGAGGAAAGGCAAAUCAAAGAUAACUUUGAAGAUCUCCUGACCGCGAUGAGAGUGGAGUUGGAGCAGCUGCGGAACGAGCGCGAUCAUCUUCGCGACAAUGUAAUACCUCAGUUGCAACAGCAGCAACAGCAGCCACCGCCGCCGCCACAAAGCGCACCUGCGCCUGACUCAUCCGAGAUCGAGCGAUUAUUAGGCGAGAUCGAAGCGUUAAAGAUCGAGAAUGCUUCGCUAGCUCAAUUGCAAGGAAGCAGAUUCGCUUCGAUCGCCGAGGAGGAUGGAAUGCCCCCUCGGCGGAUCUCGGGACUGGGUCUCUCGCGGUCAAACUCGCUAGCGCGGAUGCACUCGAAACCUAACGGACCGAGCGGAUUGUCCCGAUCUAAUUCCCUCUCGCGGUCGAACUCCGUGUCCACAAAGGACCGUGAGAACCGCGAAACGUUGGCGGAUCGUAUGGAGGACGUCGAGGCGCAGCGGGACGCGCUGCACCAGGCUUUGCGGUACAUGCUCCUGCGCCAGGAACAGCAGGCCCGUGAGUACGAAAAGCGAACGAGGGUGCUAGAAAUGGAGCUAGCUCGUGCGCAGGAAGCGGGCUCCCCGCGCAAGCUGGGGUACGAGCGAGAGGUGCGCAACCUCCGGGAAGAGGUAAACCAUCUGCGCCAGCGUGCGGAAGACGCCCUGGACCAGAAGUGGCAGUGUGAGAAGGGACUCGCGGGAUUGAAGAUGGACCUGGACCGUGCCGAGCAGGAGACCACAUCCCUGCGAGUGUUGCUCCAAGAGCACGACAUCAGUGUCCCUGACGGCGUUGAGAUCGAUCGUGACGGGUUCGCCGAGGUCAUCGCCACCUCCUCCUCUCUGGAGACGGCGUUCAAGCAACUCCAGGCCGACCGGGAACAUGCCUCGCACUCGCCGCUGGUGGAGAGCAAUGAGUUCGCCGCGUCCGUCAGCCGCACCGACGCGCUGGGCAGCGACGUGCAGGAGCAGCUGCAACGAAACAGCUCGCUGCGCAGCCGGCUGGCCGAGGCGAUCGGCAAGGGCGAGAUGGAGCAGCAGCUCUCGGCGACACGCAUCAACGAGCUGCAGGGGCGGCUCAAGGAUCUGGAAGACACGCUGUUGAUGGCGCAGCAGCAUUCCGAGGACGAGAUGGCGCGGCACGAAGAGGAAAUCCGCAACCUCGAGGUCAGCCACAACGCGCAGUUGAUGCGCAUGCGGAAUGGAUCCCGCAGCCCAGCGGCUCUGUCGCCUAAACCGCCCAGCACACCGUUCGGCGCGCGCUCACCGCGCCUCGACAAGACGACGAGCGGCGAGGGCAUGCCCCUCACCGAGGCGAUCCAGUCGGAGACUCUCGAGAAGCGGGUGAAGGAGCUGGAGAAGCUCCUCCGGGAUGCGGACACGGAGAUGGAGGAGGUGGUCAGUCGGAUGAACCGGGCUCAGAUCGAGGUGGCCGAGCUGCAAUCUGACCGAGACGAAGCGCUGCGCCAGACUCGGAGACUCCAGGCAGAGAUCCAAGCCGAGCGGGAAGCAUUCAAGGCCUUGAUGGCUUAG